GAAUAUGUGGCCCAUGUGGCUCCUGAAGUGGUGAGACAGAUGGCUGUGCCCAUGACGAGUAUGAUCAAUGGGAACCAAGCCAUCCGAGAGUUCAUUCAAGGCCAGGGGGGAUGGCAUGGACCAAAGAGAAAUUCUGCAGAAGUUCCUGGAUGAGGCCCAAAACAAGAAAAUUAACAAAGAAGAGUUUGCCAGUGAGUUUCUGAAGCUGAAAAGGCAAUCUACUAAAUACAAGGCAGACAAGAUCUAUCCUACAACCGUGGCACAGAGGCCCAAGAAUAUCAAGAAAAAUAGAUAUAAGGAUAUUUUGCCCUAUGAUCAUAGCCGGGUAGAACUGUCCCUAAUAACUUCUGAUGAAGACUCCAACUAUAUCAAUGCCAACUUCAUUAAGGGAGUUUAUGGACCCAAGGCUUAUAUUGCCACCCAGGGUCCUUUAUCUAUAACUCUCCUCGACUUCUGGAGGAUGAUUUGGGAAUAUAGUGUCCUGAUCAUUGUAAUGGCAUGUAUGGAGUUUGAAAUGGGAAAGAAAAAGUGUGAGCGCUACUGGGCUGAGCCAGGGGAGAUGCAGCUGCAAUUUGGCCCUUUCUCCAUAUCCUGUGAAGCUGAAAAAAGGAAAUCUGAUUAUAUAAUCAGGACUCUAAAAGCCAAGUUCAAUAGUGAAACUCGAACUAUCUACCAGUUUCAUUAUAAGAAUUGGCCAGACCACGAUGUGCCUUCUUCUAUAGACCCUAUCCUUGAACUCAUCUGGGAUAUGCGUUGUUACCAAGAGGAUGACAGUGUUCCUAUAUGCAUUCACUGCAGUGCUGGCUGUGGAAGGACAGGUGUUAUUUGUGCUAUUGAUUAUACAUGGAUGUUGCUUAAAGAUGGGAUAAUUCCUGAGAACUUCAGUGUUUUCAGUUUGAUUCAGGAAAUGAGAACACAGAGGCCUUCAUUAGUUCAAACUCAGGAACAGUAUGAACUGGUCUACAAUGCUGUGGUAGAAUUAUUUAAGAGACACCUGGAUGCCACUGGAGAUAAAUACUCUGGGAGAGAGAUUCAAGCAGUGUACUUCAUUCCUGAACAAAAUCUUACUCAACAAACAAAUUCUUGUUUCCCUAAUUUACCAGAAUGCACCAUAAAAGAAGAGAAAAUGAUGAAACAGCAGAGCAAACAAAGGACAAAGGAAGAAAUUGCAGAAGCUUCUUCCUUCAACUUUAGGGCUUCUGAAAUAAGUGCAAAAGAAGAUUUCACUUUGCACUUUGCUAAGUCAAGCCCUUCUUUUGACUUUUUGGAGUUAAAUUAUGAUUGUAACAAAAAUGCUGACACAACCACGAAAUGGCAGACUAAGCCAUUACCAAUAGUUGGGGAACCCCUUCACAAGCAUCAAAGUUUGGACUUCAGCUCCAGUUUGUUUGGGGCUUAUUCUAAUGCUAAGCCUGUAAAUGCAGAAGGAAGGGGUUUUAAUUCAAAGGGGCCAAUAACACGGACCAAAUCAACUCCCUUUGAAUUCACACAGCAGAGAAAAAGCAAGGAGUUGAACAUUCAGGAAACCUUUUCAUAUUUGGAAACUCAACCUCAUGAUUCUCAUCUUGUCAAAUUGCAGUCUCAAAGAGUGAUGCACGUUUCUUCAGAAGAACUGAAUUAUUCACUGCCACAUAACUCUAAGCACCAAAUGUGUAAUGCCUCUAAUGAAAAGCAGCAUGACUCCAGUGCAUUUGGUGUCUGUUCUUAUAUGUCUUUGGUGGAAGAUCCUUAUUUUUCAUCAUUGCCUCCAAGUAGUUCUGACUCUAAAAUGUCCCUUGAUUUACCUGAAAAGCAAGAUGUAACUGUUUUGCCUUCUUCUUCAUUGCCAACAUCCUCUUCAACCCUUUUUUCUUAUUAUAAUUCAUAUGAUUCUUUGGCAUUGAAUCCUCUGAUCAAUUCUUCUCCAUCACUGAAACAAGAAGCAAUCACAGUGGCAACUUUUCCUAGAAUGGAUGAUGAAAUCCCCCCUCCACUUCCUGAACGGACACCUGAGUCUUUUAUUGUAGUAGAGGAAGCAGGCGAAUUCUCAACGAGUGCUCCCACAUCCUCAUCUCCAACUGUGAAGGUGAAAACUGGAACCUCACUGGAAUGGAGUGGAACAUCUGAAUCAAAGACACUUGAUGACUCUGUGAGACUUAGGCCAAGCAAGAACGUAAAACUCCAGAGUCCCAAAUCAGAUUUCCAUCAAGAUUCUUCUCCCUCACCACCUCCACUCCCAGAAAGAACCUUAGAAUCCUUCUUUCUUGCUGAUGAAGAUUGUAUGCAGGCCAAAUCUGUAGAAACUUAUGCUACUAGCUGUUCUGAAAUGAUGAAAAAUUCAACAUCUUCAAAACAAACAUUGAAGACUUCAGGAAAAAGCUUCACAAGGAGUAAGAGUUUGAAAAUUUUGAGAAACAUGAAAAAGAAUAUCUGUAGUUCUUCCCCACCAAGCAAGCCUGCAGAAUCUAUUCAGCCAAAUAACUCAAGCUCCUUUCCGAAUUUUGGUUUUGCAAAUCGUUUUUUAAAACCCAAAGGACCAAGGAACCCACCAUCAACUUGGAACAUUUGAUAAACUCUGAAUUUAUAAUAUAGACUGAA